AUGGCUGACUAUGGGCUAUGGCAUUCGAGAAUACCAGCACAUUACAUUACGAUUGAAAGCUUGGAAAAUGAUACUCACAUUCGGCACUCAACACUACUCCCGUGGUUGCAGAAUGGGCAGGAAAAGACAGUGUCAAGCUUGUCCAUCCGCUUCUUAGGAGGUGGCUUAGCAGCUGACUUUCUCUUCCCCAUGGUUCAGCUUCUUUUCUUCCUGGCUGGUGCUCGUCGGCGGCAAGGAGGCGGCAAAGGGACCGGCGAAGACCUGGGCACCUGGAGAAGGGCGGCGGCGACGACGGUCGCCCAGCUGUCGCAAGACAAACGAAUCGCGGGAGACGGCGGAUCGAGGGCUACCUUCUCCGGCGGCGGAUACGUCGCCCUUGGUUCGCCUCCUUCGCCCUCCGCGGAGUUUUCCGAGCGCGCGGUCGUGUGGACGAAGGAACCGGCUGCGGGGGAGAAAUCCGGCGUAGCGUGCCCAUCCAUUUAGCGGGAGAGAGAAGGAAUCGGGAGGCGAGAGGAGGAGGAGGAGGAAGCCGGUGAAGGGGAUAGGGGCACACUGUAGCCCCUAAAUCGGCUACAGUGUUAGGGGAGGGGGAGCCAAGGGUGCACCGUUGAACAUAGUCUCAGUAGACCAAGGGAGGAAUAAGGAACAGUAAGCAACAAGAAACAGAUAUGCAUGCUAAUCACAUAGCCACAUAGGUACCGCAGAAUCAGCAAACAGCAGCAGCAUGCUACCAUCCAAGUAAUAAAAAUAAAUAACAACAGCAUAGAUGAGCACGAAAUGGAUAGUAAGGCCUCAGUGGUAGCUUUAUCACACCAUUUCCAAUGUCACCACGUCAACCAGAGUAAGAUGAAAUAAAGCAUGAAAUAUGCUCUCUUGAUGAAGAGUUUCAUGACACAAUUUCAUAGACUAACAUAUUACAAAAUGUUAAAUAUAAAUAACUAUAGGAACAGAUAAAAUAGAUGGAGAUAAAAUAAAUUGUUCAGUGGUAGUUUCACACGCUUUCCAAUACCUUGGAAACAUGUUGGCAUAGUUAGUUUCAACUAUUUCAUAAUAAAUAUACUGUAAUGUCGUCAAAAAUCCUAUGUGGUAUACUAAUUAAUGUUAUAAAAUAUCUAAUUAAACUUCCAUUGUGAAUGGACUAAGAGCAUCUUCAAGCCUGUCUUAAAUCAAUGCCCUAAAUAUAGGGCUCAACUUCUAAAAAAACACCUCCAACAAAUCCUAUGUGGUAUACUAAUUAAUGUUAUAAAAUAUCUAAUUAAACUUCCAUUGUGAAUGGACUAAGAGCAUCUCCAAGCCUGUCUUAAAUCAAUGCCCUAAAUAAAGGGCUCAACUUCUAAAAAAACACCUCCAACAGUACCUUAUUUUACAAAUUUUUAAAAAAAUAUAUAUAGAACUCAUCAUAAGGUGACUCAAAUAUACUACACAUCAUAUUAGUGUUCUAUCCUUAUUUCCUAGAUCAUUAUGAACAUUUUCUUUCCUAAUAAUAUAAUUUACUUCUUAAAAUACAUUAUUUAAGGUCUAACUGUUGCAUCUCAAUUUAUUUUUUAGUGCUCUGCACACAUUAAAUGAUGUAGUAUUUUAAUUUUUAGGCACCUUUGGAGAUGCUCCAAAUAACAAUCAG